UAUAACACACCACAAAGCCUAGGGUUUUCAUUCUGCCACAAAGAGACGCCAAACCAGAGAGCUCUAAGGAGGAGAAGAUGGUUAAGUUUCUUAAGCCGAACAAGGCAGUCAUCGUCCUUCAAGGCCGAUACGCGGGCCGGAAGGCCGUGAUCGUCCGAUCCUUUGAUGACGGCACACGCGAUCGCCCGUACGGUCACUGCCUGGUGGCCGGAAUAUCCAAGUACCCGAAGAAGGUGAUUCGCAAGGACUCGGCCAAGAAGACCGCCAAGAAGUCGCGCGUGAAGGCGUUCAUCAAGCUGGUGAACUACAACCACAUCAUGCCCACUCGCUACACUCUCGAUGUGGAUCUGAAGGAUGCGGUCUCCGUCGAGGUGCUCCAGUCCCGCGACAAGAAGGUCACGGCUGCAAAGGAGAUCAAGUCCAGGUUCGAGGAGCGCUUCAAGACUGGCAAGAACAGGUGGUUCUUCUCCAAGCUCAGGUUUUGAGCAUUAAGGGUUUGUUUCUUUCUGUUUCCAAUCAUAUGUAGUGGCUACCCAUUUCAUGGUUAAUUUGAAUUUAGAAAUUUUGUUGGAUGUUGUGGUGUUGACCUGAAAUAUGUCGUUUGAGUUUUUAUCCAGUGUUCUAGAAAUAUGAAUUUGAAAUAUCCUGUUUUUAUUUUGGAUUUAAGAAAUUGGGUUCUGUUGUGUGGA